UAAUGUGGUUUUGAAGUAACUCCCUGCCAUGAAGUUGUUUAUUCCGUGGAUAGUUAAUCAAGGGGGAGUGUCCUACCUUCUACUGAGAACAUAAAAGCUGCUGUCAGCAGCCAGCCUGGAUAUACGCCUGACCGUGUGCAACCUACGAGAUGGCGAUCACUCGGACCAAAGCUUGUUGCGUUGUGUUUUUCACUCUGUUGUUUGUGACCGUGUUCGUCGCUUUGAUCGCCACUUUGGUUGUGAAGUCCAUACGCUCACCCAAAGGCCGCGGUUGCUUCAGGCAUGCUGCUGUGGCUGCCGACUCCGAGCUCUGUUCAGAAAUCGGCAGUGACAUGCUGUAUAUUGGAGGUUCGGCAGUAGAUGGCGCAAUUGCAGCUCUCCUGUGCACCUCGUUGAUGAAUCCACAGAGCAUGGGCAUUGGUGGAGGAGUCAUUUUCACCGUUUACAACGCAGAUGGUACAGUUAAAAUAAUAAAUGCACGAGAAACUGUCCCGAGAAACGUCAAACCCGACCUGUUGGGAGAAUGUCCAAAGACCUUUCAGUUGAUGCCAGGCUCCCAGUGGAUGGGUGUGCCAGGAGAGAUCCGAGGCUACGCAGAGGCACACAGACUGUACGGGAAGUUACCCUGGAGAAUUCUGUUUCAACCUGCCAUCCGACUGGCGAGACAGGGCUUCCCCAUCCCUGUAACACUGGGCAUGUACCUCGGACAUCUUUCAAGUAUUACAAAUUCAUCGCUAUGUGCGGUGUUCUGUGAUCACAAAGGGGAAGUCUUAAAGGCAGGUCAGAUAAUUCGAUACCCCAAGCUGGCAGACACGCUGGAACUCAUUGCUGAGCAAGGGCCUGAUGCGUUCUACAAGGGGUCGCUAGUAGAGGCAAUGGUCCAAGACACAAAGAGCCAAGGCGGAACUCUGACUGCUGAAGACUUUGAAAACUUCAAAGUCAAAAUUCAAGAUCCCCUGCUAGUUGAGAUGGGUGGUUAUUUAAUGUACAUACCGCCCGUGCCAGCAGGGGGUGCCGUUCUCAGCUUCAUACUCAAAGUUAUGGAAGGGUUUGGAUUAACUCCCGACUCUCUGAAGGGAGAGAAUAGAACCCUUACCUAUCACCGCAUCGUCGAGGCUCUUAAAUUUGGAAAUGGCCAGAAGAGAAAAACCAACUGGAGUGCUGAAGAGGUCCACAACUUGAUAUCUGAAGGUUUUGCCAAUAAUGUUAGAAAGCUGAUCGACGACGACCGCACCCACCCUCUCCAGUACUACACUCGCUCCCCUGGCAGGGACUCUGUGGGCACCACACACGUGUCUGUCCUCGCAGAGGAUGGGAGUGCCGUCUCUGUCACCAGCACCAUCAACCAGAUCUUUGGCUCAAUGGUGUAUUCUCCAAAGACGGGUGUGAUUUUCAAUAAUGAGCUUGCUGACUUCUGCGGGAAAAAUACAAGCAUUCUGCCAGGAGAACAGCCUCCUUCAUCGGUAGCUCCCCUAGUGUUUGUCAACAAGAGCAGAAACUCCAUGCUGGUGAUCGGUGGGUCUGGUGGGAGUAUGAUAACCAGCAGCACUGCUCAGGUUAUCAUGAAUUAUCUGUGGCUGGGCUAUGAUUUGAAAGACGCAAUAGCUGCUCCAGUGUUGCAUGUGACCUCGACGAAUGAAGUGCAGUUUGAGAGGAGCUUCAACACGACUGUGAAAGAGGAGCUGAGAGCGAUGGGCCACACGGUGACAGAAAGCGCUCACUUUUUCAAUGUGGUGAAUGCUGUAUCAAGGCAAAGGGGCUGUAUCGCUGCAGUGUCAGACACCAGAAAGAUGGGCGUUGCAGCUGGAUAUUAACAAGCUGACCAGGCUGGCCCUGGAAAACCAGGCUGGCCACACUGCAUGCAUCUCGGGUUUGCAGGUGUCAGGGGUAUAGGUGGCACAUUGGCUUGGUGAUUCGCCUUCUUCCCCUGGAGGUCUGUGCUCAUUGGACAGUCCAAGCUGGAAUAAUUACCACCUGACAAAGUAAUAGCACAGCUCCUGCUGUCCUUACAGCCUUGAGUCAUUCACGAGCGCCAAUAAUGUGAAUUCAACACGUGUUCUAUUAUAGAAUCCAUUUGGAUCAGUAUAUUACAUUGGCCCAUAUGCCAAUACAGGCUGGCUGUUAUCAACACCCAGUGUAUUCUAGAGUUUAAAUGUUGAGACACUUUAAUUUGACGUAUAUUCUGUGGAAUAUCUGGUAACAGACCUACACAGUCCCAUGUACACACUGUACUGUGCUGUGGAUGUGUAAUUGUCCUGUUGUGUUGCUGUAUCUGUGUCGGCUGUAUAGUUUCUUGCAAUGCAGCUUGUUAAAGGUGUCUCUACAAAUGAUUUUGUGAGCAUCCUGUUCUGUAUCUACUGUAGUAUGGUAUUGGCUGAAAUAUACUGUGCCACUCAAUGUUGACACUUCCGUUGGGGUAUCGCCUUGCAUUGGGACAGCUCAUUCACAUGCUAAAGAGGCAGAAGGAUCUCGGGCAGAGUCUGUUAACUCUGCGUGGCAUGCCAACAUGCUUUAUUUGUUUAAACGUUGAUAUGUUUGUAUAAAUGUGGGUUCAGGAACGCAGUAUAAUAUCCCAUUAGUAUAUCGAGUAAGUACACAGAACGCACAUGUAAAACAUUGUGUUAGAUAAAAGGUGAACAGUACAUCUUGAACUAUAAAAGACAGCAAGCUGCAACCCCCUUCUAGCAGCGUUACUCUCGAACACUUAUUUUUGACCCAGACCAUCAGAUGCUCUGAAAUCAAUUUUCUUGGUUUUUAAAAAAGUAGGACUUAUCAAGCACUUGAACUGUACGUUUAUUCUAAACAGCCUUUCAGUUAUGAAUUGCUGCACUUGCAUUUAGCAUGAUCCCGCACCAGUGGCUUUGCCUCCCUGCAGUCCAGAAUCCACACUGAGGCUUGUGUGUCAGUGGAUAACUGAACAGUUCAGUGCCUUUACACAUUUUUGACGUCUAGCUAGAUAUUAGAAUCAUCUAAGGUCUUGAUGAUUAUUAACAAGGAAUAACAGUGCAUUGCAAUAAAAUGUUAAGGACACUUUACAAAUGUAAAGCGCUAUUGUUAUGCUAUAUUUUUCUGAAUGCCUGGCUACACUGUAUUUCUAUAACCUGUAAUUAGAACUGUUGCUUGUAAUAUCUUUUAUAACACAUUUACAUACACACUGUUCACUGCUUAUCACAGACCCCCUUAAUGGUUACCCUUUUAGGAAAGUAAAGACGGUUGAUUUGCACUGGUCUUGAACUAGUUUAUCUAAGGUUAGCGCUGUGAAAGCAGCUGUUGGACAAACAUUUAAAUAUCAAUGCAUUACCAUUAAAAUAAACCUGCAACAGUCUGGAACGGUUUCAUGAACAACAAGCUGUUAAACCAGAAUAAAAAUCAAUAUAAAAAGACCAGUUAAUUAGGUUGAAUUUGUACAGGAUUACUAGUCUAUUUCCACAGCCCAGGGCUGCAUUACAUACUGGUGUAAUAAAGCCUUAUAAAUACAGGUUUCCAGAGCCAUACAGUAUGUAUGAGGUAGAGUGAGGUAGAGUACUUUGUAAUGAUCAAACGAAUGAAGCAACACUUCACAUUUCUUACAAAACUACAAUGCAAGAGUCGCAAUUAGCUGUGCCCUGACAUUCAGUCCUAGUUUCAGAACUACACUUGUUUAGAUAAACCUGCUGCUGUUUAUUUACUGGCUUUGUUCUGCCUCUACAGUUAAUGACUUUUGUGCGAUGUAUUAAUGCUGCUCUGAUGAGUUUCAGCAGUUAACAGACUGAUUUUGUCUGAACCAAUUGCUUUGGUGGAACCAUCAUGUAUCUAAAAUAAAACAUGAGUGCUGAAGAAACUCAGGAUGAACCCUGAUCCACCAACA